GUGUCAGUGACACUGUCCGGCGUAGAUAUGUCCACCGUGUCUGUAGGUUGUAUCAUUUGCGACCCGCAAAAUCCCAUACCAGUUACAACUCGUUUCCAGGCGCGUAUUCUUGUCUUCAACGUUACCGUGCCCAUUACUAUUGGCUAUCCGGUGCUCUUACAUCAUCAGUCUCUCAUCGAACCGGCAGUGCUGAGCAAAUUGCAGGCGCAAUUACAUAAAAGCACUGGAGAGACUAUCAAAAAGAAACCACGGGUACUCGGAAAUAACUCGUGUGCUCUAGUGGAAUUGGAAACAACGCGACCAAUCUGCAUCGAACGAUAUGCGGACUUCAAGGAGUUGGGACGUUUCAUGUUGCGAGUGGGCGGCGUCACCAUAGCUGCGGGGAUGGUUACGAAAAUACGUUAAUAUUAAGAUCUUUGAAAAUGCCAAUAAGUUGUAAUAAAAUUAUGUCUCACGUUUUAGGUGCAAUUCAA